GAGAGAGAGAAACAUAAAGAGAACCCUCCCUCACUCUCACUCACCCCUCAUCGUAUAUUUUGCAUAGAUUCAUCAGAUCCUUAGCCCCACUCCACCAUCCCCCCACCCCAAAGACAAGAGAGAGGGAAACAAAAAAUCAAUUAAAAAAACUCAGAAAAAUUAAAAGCAUAGAGAGACUCACCACUCACCACUUCCUUCUUUCCUUCCUUCAAUGCCCUCUUUACUUUUCUUGGGUUAGUGUGUACUCUCUCUCUCUCUCUCUUCUAACCCUUAUCUCUUCACAUUCCUUCCAUUUCAAUCUCCGCUUCAAACUUCCGUUUCUUAUUCACAAGUUAAUCUCUUCUCAUCAAGGCUCCUAGUAUCCGUUGUAUUUAAUUCAAAAACAGUGUUCCCUAGGACCUGGAAUAUUCUUUGAAAUUGUUGUGAACCAGCUUCCAUUAUUGAAGUUGGUGUUUUGGUGGUGAUUUGAACUAAGAAGAUGCAGAGACCACCACCUGAGGACUUUUUGCUGAAGGAGACCAAGCCCCACCUUGGAGGUGGUAAGGUCUCCGGUGACAAACUUACUAGCACCUAUGACCUUGUUGAGCAAAUGCAGUACCUUUAUGUGAGGGUUUCCAAGGCGAAGGACUUGCCUGCAAAGGAUGUCACUGGCAGUUGUGACCCUUAUGUUGAAGUUAGGCUGGGAAAUUACAAAGGCACCACUCGACACUUCGAGAAGAAGACUAAUCCUGAAUGGAAUCAGGUCUUUGCGUUCUCGAAAGACCGGAUUCAGGCUUCGGUGCUUGAGGUUACUGUAAAAGAUAAGGAUGUUGUGAAGGAUGACUUCAUUGGUCGUGUCUGGUUUGACCUGAAUGAGAUCCCCAAGAGGGUUCCUCCAGAUAGCCCUCUGGCGCCACAGUGGUAUAGGCUGGAGGAUAAAAAUGGUAACAAGGCGAAGGGAGAGCUGAUGCUGGCAGUUUGGAUGGGCACUCAAGCUGAUGAAGCAUUUCCCGAGGCAUGGCAUUCGGAUGCGGCGACAGUCAGCGGGACUGAUGCUCUUGCAAACAUUAGAUCAAAGGUGUAUCUGUCUCCUAAACUUUGGUAUUUGAGGGUUAAUUUGAUAGAGGCACAAGACUUGCAACCGAGCGACAAGGGUAGAUACCCUGAUGUUUUUGUGAAGGCAAUUCUGGGAAAUCAAGCAUUGAGGACUAGAAUCUCCCAGAGUAGGACAAUCAAUCCAAUGUGGAAUGAGGAUUUGAUGUUUGUGGCUGCGGAACCAUUUGAGGAGCCACUGAUUUUGAGUGUGGAAGACAGAGUUGCCCCUAACAAAGAGGAAGUAUUGGGGAGGUGUAUAAUUCCAUUACAGGCGGUGGACAGGAGACUGGAUCACAAACCUGUGAACACUAGGUGGGUUAAUCUCGAAAAACAUGUUGUAAUUAUGGAAGGGGACAAGAAGAAGGAAAUCAAGUUUGCAAGCAGGCUUCAUGUGAGGAUUUGCCUAGAAGGUGGUUACCAUGUUUUGGAUGAAUCAACUCACUACAGCAGUGAUCUCCGCCCAACAGCGAAACAGCUGUGGAAGUCCAGCAUUGGAGUUCUUGAAUUGGGGAUAUUGAAUGCACAGGGUUUGAUGCCAAUGAAAACAAAAGAUGGUAGGGGGACAACAGAUGCAUAUUGUGUAGCAAAAUAUGGGCAAAAGUGGGUGCGCACGAGGACCAUCAUCGAUAGCUUUCAACCAAGGUGGAAUGAGCAAUAUACUUGGGAGGUUUUUGAUCCCUGCACUGUCAUUACAAUUGGCGUCUUUGAUAACUGUCAUUUGCAUGGUGGUGAUAAGGGUGGAGGAGGGGCUAGAGAUUCAAGGAUCGGAAAGGUGAGGAUUCGUCUUUCCACCCUUGAGACUGAUCGUGUCUACACACAUUCCUAUCCUCUCCUAGUUCUUCAUCCAAAUGGGGUGAAGAAAAUGGGUGAAAUUCACCUGGCUGUUAGGUUUACUUGCUCUUCAUUGCUUAACAUGAUGCACAUGUACUCACUACCCUUGUUGCCUAAAAUGCAUUACAUUCACCCGUUAACUGUCAGCCAGCUCGACAAUUUGAGGCACCAAGCAACUCAGAUUGUUUCAAUGAGGCUGAGUCGUGCUGAGCCACCCUUGAGAAAGGAGAUAGUGGAGUACAUGCUGGAUGUGGGAUCCCACAUGUGGAGUAUGAGAAGGAGCAAGGCCAACUUUUUCAGGAUCAUGGGGGUUUUGAGUGGACUGAUUGCUGUUGGAAAAUGGUUUGAUCAGAUUUGCAACUGGAAAAACCCGAUCACCACGGUUCUGAUCCAUAUCUUGUUUAUCAUAUUGGUCAUGUACCCUGAGCUUAUCUUACCCACCAUAUUCCUUUACCUCUUCUUGAUUGGAGUUUGGUACUAUAGAUGGAGGCCAAGGCACCCUCCUCAUAUGGACACCCGGCUCUCUCAUGCUGAUUCGGCACACCCUGAUGAACUAGAUGAAGAAUUCGAUACAUUUCCAACCACAAAGCCUUCUGACAUCGUGAGGAUGCGAUAUGAUCGACUCAGAAGUAUUGCUGGGAGGAUACAGACCGUGGUUGGCGACCUAGCAACUCAAGGGGAAAGGCUGCAGUCUUUGCUCAGCUGGAGAGAUCCCAGAGCAACGGCGCUUUUUGUGAUUUUCUGUCUGGUUGCAGCUAUUGUACUCUAUGUCACCCCAUUCCAAGUUGUGGCCCUCCUCACCGGAAUUUAUGUGUUGAGACAUCCGAGGUUCCGUCACAAGCUUCCAUCGGUGCCACUGAAUUUCUUCAGGAGGCUGCCGGCAAGAACUGACUGCAUGCUCUAAGUCAAGAGAAGUGCGGAUAUCAAAUGGAGUUUGCUUUGCUUCCAUUGUUAAGAACCAGAUUUUGGUUUCUGGUUUGAUGUUUAUGUGGCCCUUGUUUCAAAGGCAAGAGUAGAUUUUGUGGAUUUGCUGUUCCAUUGUGUCAUAGGAUGUCUUAUUUGAACUUUGAUGGAUUAAUGUGUAAUUUUGUAGUAGGCUUUGAGGUGAAAUUAACUUAUGCUUAGUCAA